CUCUGCACUCGUUUACACACAAUAUAAUCAUCAACUAUAACUACAGUUAAAUGAUGAAGAUGGCAAAGUUUCACCAUCAAAGAUGGACUCUGCUUUUCAUUUGUUUAUGUGUAUCCAGCACUUCAGCUCAGGAGGAGGUACUGAAUGGAGCUGUAGGAGAGUCUAUUACAUUCCCUACUCGGGUUCCUGUAUCUGGUUCUAUAAUGUAUGGAGGCAGAAUCAUUGGACAGGUGUUCAAUAAACAGACUGAGACAGACAUUACUGAGGAGUUUAAGAAUCGUCUCCACUGGGACAGUCAGAGUGGGUUCUUCACUCUCUCAGACCUGAGAACAGAUGAUUCAGGUGUUUAUACUGUACAGAGCACUAAAGAGGAGAAGAGACAACAAGCCUAUCAGCUGAACGUGUACGAUAAAGUAUCAGCACCUCAGGUGAUAAAACUCAACUCCAAUUCUGCGGAGAGUGAACUCUGUUUACUGCAGUGCUCAGUGAGGAAUGUGAGAGGACUGAAUCUGUUUUGGUUUAAAGGCAAAAACUUAUUAAACCACAUCAACAGCUCCAGUCUAAACAACACACUGAAUCUCCCUCUGGAAAUAGAGAAGUUUGACAAUGAGCCCUACAGCUGUGUGGCUACCAACCCAGUCAGCAAGCAGAUGACCAGAGUCCAUAUUACAGAGCUCUGCCUUCAUGAACCAGGUAGGGUAUCAAAUUCUGUUUCUCGAACUUACAUCUUUACUAUAAUAAUAUGCACAGCAGUGGCAGUAAUCGGGAUGGUCGUGUUUCUGCGGAGAAAGAAAUCUACGUGUCUGCAAGAAAAACAGCAAAAUGACCCUGAUCUACUCACAGAAGUGAUUUAUACGACAACUGGUUCCUAAUGAGGUAACAUUAUUACAUCAAGAGAUUCACCCACAUGAGGCAGGGGCCUCCAUCCCCUUCAUCCAACAGCAAG